AGCAGAAUGACACUCGGCAAGGGCUUUACCAUGCCGACGACCUUGCUCCAGUUCCAGUCGUUCACGAGCUCACCGAAUGUGUCGUUCUUCCAGAAGCUGGCCCAGCUCAAGCUGGAUACGUAUCAGCUAAGUGAUGCCACGCAGGACAUCACAGGCUUCUUCGAGCUGAAUUCACAUGCCACAGUCCCUCCACGCUUCCUUGUGGACGACACGUCGUUCGACUUUGACGCUUCAUCGUCGCCAAACCGUAGCAAGCACGAAUGGCGCGUGCCUGGGGUCCUUGUCAACACCAACACGUUGGAGGACUUCAAAAAUCUCGACAAGGUGCGCCUGCUCAACGAUGCCAAAGCUCGUCUGCGCCAUGCAAUUGACGGGUUCAACCCCCUGGGCCUCCAAACGUUUGUCUUGUGCACGUUUGCCGACCUCAAGACCCACACGUACUGGUAUCGGUUCGCGUUCCCCGCUGUGGUCCCAUCGGCCGGCGCGUACCAGCUCCAGACGUGGACACCUGCCAACUCGUUCUUGUCACUACCGCACCAGCAAUCCAUCGUGCGCCAGCUCGUUAACCGGCGCCACGUGCAUGACGAAGUCACGAGCGCCAAUUUCCCCGCCGCAUUUAUCUUCGACCUAACGUCCAGCACGGUGCAUGACCUAGAAGACCUCCGCUCGCUGAGUCCCCCGUCCGCCCUCGUGUUUGGGUUCGUUGAUCCAAGUGGACUCCCGACCAAUCCAGGAUGGCCCCUCCGCAACUUUCUCAUAUGGAUAUCGCAGCAUUGCCCCACCUUGACGUCUGCAGUCAUCCUGGCAUAUCGCGACCCAGUCCAUCACAUAUCCAACCCCCCAGAAGCCCACGAUGACCCGUCGGCAUCAUUUGGCCUGCGCGCGUCAUACAUUGCCACCAUUGAGCUAACUCCAUACAACGAAUUCACGUCCAAGGUCGUGGGCUGGGAACUGAACGUGCAAGGGAAAAGCGGCCCUCGGCAACUGCAGCUCGCGAACCUGCUGGAUCCCCUCCAAUUGGCCAAAACGUCGGUGGAUUUAAACUUGAAAUUGAUGCGCUGGCGACAACUGCCCCACUUGGACUUGGACAAGCUCGCGCACACCAAGUGCUUGCUCUUGGGGGCUGGCACAUUGGGCUGUCACUUUGCGCGAAACUUGGUCGCGUGGGGCUUUCGCUCGCUUACGUUGGUCGACUAUGGCAAAAUCAGCCAUUCGAAUCCGGUGCGCCAGCCGUUGUACGAGUUUGGAGACGUUGGCGAGUGGAAGGCGCCGACGGCAGCCAAGGCGCUCAAGCGCAUUUAUCCGUUGGUCGAGUGCGAAGGACAUGUGCUGUCGAUUCCCAUGGCAGGGCAUGCUCUCAGCAACCCUCAAGCGCUCGAGGAAACAAAAUCGGCGUACCAAGAGUUGGAACGUAUGAUUAUUAGCCAGGAUGUGAUUUUUCUUGGCACCGACACCCGCGAAAGCCGAUGGCUGCCGACGGUGUUGGCCGCCGCGCACCAGAAACUCGUCAUCAACGCCGCCUUGGGCUUUGACACGUACUUGGUGAUGCGCCACGGAGUUCCCGUACGUGAUGGAAAAGGUGAUUGCUGUGUAUAUGAGACAUCGUACCUGGGAUAGGACGUGGUGGAUUUAGGCUGCUACUUUUGCAAUGACAUUGUCAGUCCCACAGACUCGUUGACUGAUCGAACCCUCGAUCAAAUGUGUACGGUCACUCGGCCCGGAGGGGCGGCCAUCGCAGGUAAUUUUGUCCAUUUACCCAUAAAUUUGGCGUUUUGUGCUGAUUUGCCAAAUUGAUCGAUCGAUUCUUUGAAUUUUGAAAGUACAGAAUUUUUCUGUGGGGAGGCCAUUCACAUUAAUUCACAGUCUGUAAAGUCGUACACUAAUUCGAUGUUGAACCUGGUUUCAUGCAAUUUUAUUGGCCCAAUUCUUCUGCCCAAUUGGUUGUGUCGAUUAUGUCGGUCCAGUUUAGAAUAAACUCAACACUAUAGUAUAUGAGCCCAUUGCUGUUUCCUUUAUAAAACGAACACUGUAGUUUUAGCGGAUACUAUAUUUAUUUAUUUUUCUAUUUCUUCGCAGGCUCUACUGCGGUGGAAUUGCUCGUGUGUUUGCUGCAUCACGCGGAUGGACUUGGGGCGUCUGCCUCUGCGCAGACGACUGACUUGGGCGUCGCACCGCACCAAAUUCGAGGCUCCCUAAAUACGUUUUCGCAGAUUUUGGUCCAAGGCCCAAUGUUUCAUCAAUGCACGGCGUGUAGCCCGUCAGUGUUGAAUGCGUAUCGCACCGAUGGAUGGGAUAUGUUUGUCAACGUGUGCAACUCCAAGUCGUAUUUGCAAGACUUGACGGGAUUGGCAGCGCUCGCGGCCAGAACGGACGCCUUGUCCUUUGACGAUGACAGCGACGACGACGACAGUCUGCUGUAAUUCUGUGGAGGACUUUGUGUGGCGGGUCGAAUAGUUAUGACUGCGAUAAGGUCGCAAAAUUAAUAAAUCCACAAUUAUAUAUA